CCAUGAGUCAUAAAAGAGCCGAGGUUGCCUACCCCUGCCCUCGCCUGCAGGCUCUCUUUCCUGGCAAGCGGCUGCCGGGCCCCCAAGCGGGCGGGAUCAAGCGUGGCGCUAAAGAGUCCCCUCUAGUCCAAAAGGGCCGAAAGGCGGGAGCUGAGCCAUGGCGGCCUCCCGGUUACCCCCGACGGCCUUAAGUCUGAAGCAGUUCCUGAGAAGACAACAGGUUCUUCAGUUAUACAGGAAAAUCCUCAGGACCAUUCGUCAGAUCCCCAAUGAAGCCGAUCGUCGGUAUAUGAGAGACUGGGCAAGGGAAGAUUUCAAAAGGAAUAAAGAGGCUACAGAUGAGGAUACAGUUAAGAUGAUGAUCACUCAAGGCAACCUACAGCUUCAGGAGCUUGAGAGAACACUAAAAUUGGCAAAAUCCUAGGCUUAAUUCUGCUUACAAAUCAAAGCAAUUUUUCAUUGCAGCUAAUUUUGCAAGGACAUUAAAUGGGAGGAGUCGUGCUGAGAAUCCAAAGAUGUCCUGUGUACACUUCCCAAAAGUCAAGACGGAAGACCUGCUGAAUACUCUUUAUCAUGGUAGAAAUGCUAUAAGCCUGAAGGUUAAGGUGGAAUAGGAAUAAAACAAGCAAUAGCAGUAACAUCUGGACAAUGUGAAAAAUGCAAAAGUAGAUAAAAGGAAUUUGAUACCUUAUAUUUAGGAACUGCACUUGUAAAUACAAGAAUACCAUGAAGCUGUGGAACAAUUUACUCUUAAAUGUGCUCUUUACCUAGAGAAUUCUUCAAGGGAAAGAACUGAAUCUUUACCAGUUCUACACAAAGCUUUGAAGGGAUGGUUUAACGAGAUACAAUAUGCCUUCCAAUUGACUCAUUGAACUGGAUCUCCAAGGUAAUUAAGGUACUUCAGAAUAGCUUCAGUCAAAUCUGAAGGGGGUUCUAUGGACUUCUGGUACUUUCUGGCUUCAUUGUUGCAUUUUUUUUCUUCUAAAAACAGACAGAAUUGAGGGAUAAUGGAGUGUUUUCUUAUAUUGACAUGAAUAAUUGAUCAGAGUCUACCGUAUGUACAUUUAUUUGCAACCAUAGGUUUUAGCAAAAUAGCCAGUGAAUUUUAUCUCUUUCUAGAACGUCAUGUUCAUGCUUAUGGAAGUACUUCCAUGUACUUGGAUGGACAAGUAUAGAAUGAAUUAGAUGUUGUUAUAUAUCUCUGGCUCUUCUGUUAGAAUUUGUUUAGGCAAGUUUUCUUAUAAAGAGAAACAUAAGUCCA